AUGCUGCAAAUGUUGGCCCGUCUCUUCUUUUCAAACGACGAGUCCGACGAGUCCGACGAGCCACCGUCGUCGAGCACGGAGGAGACGAAGAGGAAGAAGCGGAGGCCGCCGCCGAAGGCCUCCGGCGAGGCUUCCGUGACCGGAGAACUCGCCACGCUUCACGCUCUCUCGCUCCACCUGGCGUGCGGGCUGAGCUUGGCGGCGGCGGCGCCGCUGCUGUGGAUCGCCACCCGCGGCGUCGAAUCCGCCAAUCUCGUCUCCGAUCCUUCUCGAGCUCUCCGUCUCGUUUGGGUCAUCGAGUGUCCGAUCGCGAUCCUUCUCUACGGUCUUGUCAGGGAGAGGCCCGCGCAAACCUCGUAUGUAAGAGCUGUCCUUCGCGGUGCGCUCGCGUUGCCAGCCGGGGCUCUUGUUAAUGCUUUGGGAGCUAUUGCAUUGGGUGCGCCUGUUGGGAUACAGUACUUGGUGAAGACCGUUAACUGGUCCCUCGUGAUGUCGACCUUGACCUUCGUGCCGGCCGCUUGUGUUUUUGGUGCCUCAUGGAACAGUUGGCAACGUAUCUUCGCAUUUACAAAACCAAUCAGUUCUGUGGAUUUCAUGAUUUGUCUGCCUGCUCAUGGUGCAAUUAUUGGAGCUUGGUUUGGUGCAUGGCCUAUGCCGCUUGAUUGGGAAAGGCCAUGGCAGGAGUGGCCGAUCUGUGUGAGUUACGGAGCCAUCAUAGGGUACCUUGUUGGGAUGGUGGCAUCUCUGGGCUUUAUUCUCCUUCGACGUGGACAUCAUCAUGUGAAAGUAGACUAGUGGACUGACACGGGGAAUAUCAUUGGCAAUUGUAUUGCUGGAGCUGCUUAGAGAUGACUACGGCACCCUUCACAAUUUUUAACAAAUCCUGUUAACAGCAGAUAUGAUUGUCCCUCCUAGUUUCAUAUGCUUUCGCGAGGAAUCUACCUUAACAUUUUUCGUCUACUUAUGCUUCACGGGUGUUUCAGGGUGCACACCUGAACUGCUAACUGAUGUCAAUGCCAAUUAUUCAAUGACGACAGCAAUUCUAUUGACAUCCUGGUAGGUAAUUAUUUAGCUUCUCAAAAACCCAUUGACUCUAAGGCAGUGAAAAGGCUAUCAGUGCGAAGAAGCAAAAUUUUUAUAGGAAAAGUUGUGUCCAUUAAUGUUGUACAUACUUAUGUAGGAGUGCAGUCAGCAGACUCAGAACAGCUUGUGCUAGCCUAGUUUCAUAAUUGUAUGUUUACUGUCAAAUUUUUUUGUUGUUGUCGUUAAAGUAUGUUCCUAUGCA